AGUUCACAGAGUCGAAGAGCUGCUCCGGACACUGACCCGUUCUUUCCGAGGGAGUCCGCCAUUGUUGGCGCAUGUUCAUAUCUGACGAGGACCACCGCAAUCGGAAAACAUCCAAGAUGGUGAACUUCACGGUAGACGAGAUCCGUGGCAUGAUGGACAAAAAGAGGAACAUCAGGAAUAUGUCCGUCAUCGCGCACGUGGAUCACGGAAAGUCAACACUGACCGACUCCCUAGUAUCCAAGGCGGGCAUCAUCGCUGGAGCCAAAGCCGGAGAAACGCGCUUCACGGAUACCCGUAAAGACGAGCAGGAUCGAUGCAUUACGAUCAAAUCCACGGCUAUUUCCAUGUUCUUCGAGCUCGACCCAAAAGACUUGGUCUUUAUUAAUAACCCCGAUCAGCGCGAUAAAGAAGAGAAAGGUUUUUUGAUAAAUCUUAUUGACUCUCCUGGGCACGUCGAUUUCUCCAGUGAAGUCACUGCUGCUCUUCGUGUCACCGAUGGAGCCCUUGUUGUUGUUGAUUGUGUUUCUGGUGUGUGUGUACAGACUGAAACUGUUUUGCGCCAAGCUAUUGCAGAGCGUAUCAAGCCUGUAUUGUUUAUGAACAAAAUGGAUCGUGCUCUGUUGGAACUUCAACUAGAAAGUGAAGAUCUCUACCAAACUUUCCAGCGUAUUGUUGAAAAUGUAAAUGUUAUUAUUGCCACUUACUCUGAUGACGAUGGUCCCAUGGGUGAAGUUCGUGUUGACCCAAGCAAAGGAUCUGUUGGUUUCGGGUCGGGACUUCACGGAUGGGCUUUUACUUUGAAGCAGUUCUCUGAAAUGUAUGCUGAAAAGUUUGGCAUCGACGUUGUCAAGCUAAUGAACCGGCUGUGGGGUGAAUCCUUUUUCAACCCUAAAACAAAGAAAUGGAGCAAACAAAAGGAGCCUGACAACAAGCGCUCAUUCUGCAUGUAUGUGUUGGAUCCUAUUUAUAAGGUCUUUGACUGCAUCAUGAAUUACAAAAAAGACGAGUGUGAAAGUCUUCUGAACAAAUUAGGAAUCGUUCUUAAACCCGAGGACAAGGACAAGGAUGGCAAAGCCCUUCUCAAGGUUGUCAUGCGAACAUGGCUGCCUGCUGGUGAAGCAUUGCUUCAGAUGAUAGCCAUUCAUUUACCAUCUCCCGUCACAGCUCAAAAGUACAGAAUGGAAAUGUUGUACGAAGGGCCUCAUGACGACGAAGCUGCCCUUGGUAUCAAGAAUUGUGACCCAGAGGCACCCCUCAUGAUGUACGUAUCAAAAAUGGUACCGACAUCUGACAAAGGUCGUUUCUACGCUUUUGGUCGUGUUUUUUCGGGCAAGGUGUCGACCGGUAUGAAGGCCCGCAUCAUGGGACCUAAUUACCAACCUGGAAAGAAAGAAGACUUGUAUGAAAAGGCUAUCCAGCGUACCAUUCUUAUGAUGGGACGUUACGUAGAAGCCAUCGAAGAUGUUCCCUCAGGUAACAUUUGUGGUCUUGUCGGCGUUGAUCAGUUUUUGGUGAAAACUGGAACCAUCACUACCUUCAAGGAGGCUCACAACAUGAAAGUUAUGAAGUUUUCUGUCUCCCCUGUCGUGCGUGUCGCUGUCGAGCCCAAAAACCCUGCUGAUCUACCAAAAUUGGUAGAAGGUCUAAAACGUCUGGCCAAAUCCGAUCCCAUGGUACAAUGUAUCAACGAAGAGUCUGGUGAGCACAUAAUCGCUGGUGCCGGUGAGCUACAUCUUGAGAUUUGUUUAAAGGAUCUAGAAGAGGACCACGCUUGCAUCCCCAUAAAAAAAUCUGAUCCUGUCGUAUCGUACAGAGAAACCGUUUCAGAAGAGUCCGACCAAAUGUGUCUGUCGAAAUCCCCCAACAAGCACAAUCGUCUCUUUAUGAAGGCCCAGCCGAUGCCUGAUGGCCUUGCCGAAGACAUUGACAAAGGCGAUGUCAACCCAAGAGACGACUUCAAAGCACGUGCCCGUUACCUCAGUGACAAGUACGAUUACGACGUGACGGAAGCUAGAAAGAUCUGGUGCUUCGGUCCCGACGGCACUGGCCCCAACAUCCUCGUUGACUGUACCAAGGGAGUGCAAUACCUCAAUGAAAUCAAGGAUUCUGUCGUUGCUGGCUUCCAGUGGGCCGCCAAAGAAGGUGUUCUUUCCGAAGAAAACUUGCGAGGCGUGCGCUUCAACAUUUACGACGUUACGUUACACGCCGACGCCAUUCACAGAGGUGGCGGCCAGAUCAUCCCUACGACGAGACGUUGUCUUUAUGCCUGUCUUCUCACUGCCUCACCAAGACUCAUGGAACCCGUGUACCUUUGCGAAAUCCAGUGUCCUGAAGUCGCCGUUGGUGGUAUCUAUGGUGUACUGAAUCGCAGACGUGGUCACGUCUUCGAAGAACUCCAGGUGGCUGGUACUCCUAUGUUCGUCGUCAAAGCAUUUUUACCCGUCAACGAGUCCUUUGGUUUCACUGCCGACCUUCGAUCUAACACUGGCGGUCAAGCCUUCCCACAGUGCGUCUUUGAUCAUUGGCAAGUCCUCCCAGGAGAUCCAUUCGAGUCCGGCAGCCGUCCAUUCACAGUUGUGCAGGAGACCCGCAAGCGGAAGGGAUUGAAAGAAGGCGUGCCAGAUUUGUCGCAGUACCUUGACAAAUUGUAACCAUUUUUAAUGGACUCAUAUUUAAUUAAUUUUAAUAUUGUAAUUCAAUUAUUAUCGCUGGAGCAAUAUACGUCUCUACCAUCGGUCGUUAUGACACUUCGUUUCUCCGCGCACCAACAAUGUAAUUACCGCAAGGCUGAAGAAAAGGAAGAAACUUGUACUUUACAGCUCGGGGAACACAAUUUUAUACAUUUAUUUCAUUAAAGAUGAUCAAACUGAAAGCUGUCAAUGGCUUUUGUUUUAGAAAAAAAUACAAAAUGAUUCAUUGAAA